GAGCUUCACAGAACUCGAUCCGUACGGUCUGGUUCUCUCAUUCUCCAUUAGUUUCUUCCAUAUAUAUGGGUGCAUUGGGAACUAUUGCCAUUGCACUUCUGGUGCUACCACUUCUACAUGACCAAGUACAAGGGAAGCAUGCAUAUGAGAACUUGAACAAGUGUGAUAUUUACCAAGGAAGCUGGGUUUAUGACGAUUCCUAUCCUCUUUAUGAUUCAAGUCUCUGCAACUUCAUAGAGAAGGCGUUCGAGUGCCAACAAAAUGGGCGACCCGACAAACACUAUCUCAAAUAUAGAUGGCAACCCUCUUCAUGCAUGUUACCAAGGUUUGAUGGUGAAGAUUUAUUGGAGAGAUUGAGAAAUAAGCGCAUCAUGUUUGUUGGAGACUCGCUAAGUUUGAACCAGUGGCAAUCUCUCACAUGUAUGCUUCAUGCAGCCUCACCACAAUCUAAGUACACUAUUGAAAGAACAGGAAGCAUCUCUACAAUGACAUUCCUGAGUCACAAUGCUUCUUUGAUGCUUGCACGCAAUGCACUUCUUGUUGACAUUGUAGAAGAAAGACAGGGAAGGGUUUUGAAGCUGGACUCUAUUGAUCAUAAGGAUCAGAAAGCAUGGAAAGACAUUGAUAUAUUGAUUUUCAACUCAUGGCAUUGGUGGCUCCACACAGGAAGGAAACAACCGUGGGAUUUUAUUCAAGAUGGAGACAAUUUACAUGAAGACAUGGAUCGCCUUGUUGCUUAUGAGAAAGCCUUAAAAACUUGGGCUCGAUGGGUGGACAAAAAUGUUGAUCCGACUAAAACCAAAGUCUUCUUUCAAGGGAUCUCACCCACUCAUUGGAAUUCAAGUUAUUGGGGGUACCCUGAAGGGAAGAAUUGCAGCAGGGAAACACAACCACUAAUAGUGCCACCAUACCCAAGAAGCCGACACCCGGCAGAAGGGAUUGUGGAAAAAGUGUUGAGCGACAUGUCAAAGCCGGUGGGUUUGCUCAAUGUAACAGGACUGUCCCGGCUAAGGAAAGAUGCACACCCAUCCAUAUAUGGCAACGGAGGGCACCGCGGCAUGGACUGCAGCCACUGGUGUCUAGCUGGAGUUCCUGAUACUUGGAACAGGCUGUUAUACGCUGAAGUCAUUCGACGUUAAACUGUUUUACUUUCGGGAUCGUAAGUGUUGAUUUGCAUGAUAAACACUAUCUAAUGCUCCAAAAUUAACUUGGUGAAAAUGUUGUUGUAAACUUGUAAUCAUAGCUAGAGCUAUCUAAUCAGCAUUGUUGAUUGAAUUGAAUUGGUACUGAAAAUCUUGGCAUCAUAUCAAAUGAAUAAGAUCUUUGGAGUGAG